AUGUAAUUGGAUGAGAGUAAUAAAACAAAGAAAAAUGAACAGUCUAUCCUUAAGGAAACCUCCAAAAAUAGAAAUGUAAUUACUUAUAAUUAUCAUGCAAGAUAGUUUCUAAAUUACAAGGAAAUCCAGUAAGAUUAUAGGGAUUGAAAGAGAGUUUUAAAUACUUUACGUUAUUAAAAAAGAAUCAAUAUUUGGAGAGGAAGCAAUACAGAGUUAGCAGAGAUGAGACUUUAGUUUGUUCCUGCAUAAUGUGUCCAGAAGAUCAAAUAUAAAAGUACAUUAAAUAGUAAAAAUAGUCGACCCUAAGGUCCAUAAUAUUCUUAUAAUUGCGGUGAGAGAUGCUUGAAUAGAUUCACUUGUACAGAAUGCGAUGUAGAGUUGUGUCCAUGUGCAGAACAAUGCAAAAAUCGAAGAUUUUAGAAACAUGAUGAUGCAUGUGUAUAUCCAUUGCGUUGUGGAGGGAAAGGAAUGGGUUUGUUUGCUGGUGAACGUAUUUUGAAAGGACAAUUCAUAAUGCAAUAUGUUGGCGAGAUAUUUCAAAUCAAUAGUGCAUUUGGGAGAAGACGAGUGCAGGAAUAUUCGGUUUGAAUUGUGUGUUUAUUUUAGAAAUCUACAUGCACAUAUUUGAUGAAACUCAACAAUUAGGAAGUUAUUGAUCCGACAUCUAAAGGGAAUCUGGCAAGGUUUAUAAAUCAUUCUUGUGAGCCAAAUUGUAUUACUGAGAAAUGGAAUGUGUUAGGUGAAGUGUGUAUAGGUAUAUUUGCCAUACGGGACAUAAAUGAAGAUGAAGAAUUGACCUUUGAUUAUUAAUUUGAUGUAUUUCAUACGCCAUUGACUAAAUGUCUUUGUGGAGCUAAUAAAUGCAAGGGGUAUUUGGGAUUGAAACCAACUGAUGUAACAUAAGAAGAGUGGGAAGAACAUCUAGAAAAUAUGGUGUGCAAAAUAUGUCAAACUAAAACACCAUAAGAUGAUGAGUAACUAUUGUUAUGCGAUAAAUGCAAUUGUGGAUUCCAUUUACUAUGUCUUGUACCUCCAUUGUCAUCAGUACCAAAAGAUGCUUGGUAUUGUUAGGAAUGCUAGGAUGAGAAAAGGAUAUUGGCUGAAUCUGAGAAAGAGAAAGAAAAAAUAGAAGGUUUAUUAUAGUAGAAAGUCAAAUAAUUGAAUAACGAGAAAAAGAAUAAGAAAAAGAUGGAUUCAUCAUCUUCUUCAAGUGAUUCUGAUAGUGAAUAUGAUAACAGAUAUAAGAUGAUGAAAUCUUUAGAGAAAUAAACAGUCAGAGAAUAUUUAUAAUAGAAACAACAUUAAUAAUAAUAAGUAAAUAAAUUAGAGGAAGAUAUCAAUUAUAAUAAAAAAGAAUAUUUGGAUUCUAAUAUUUCAGAUUUGCAUCUACCUUAAAAGGGUAUGAAAUCUACUGGCACAUCAUUAAACAACCUAGAUCAAUUUGUUAAAUCAUCAAUAGAUUUACAACCAUAAAACAGUGGUAAACUUUAGUAGAUGCAAUCCAUUGUUGAUGUAGCCUAGAAGAAAUUUGAAGAGCAAUAUGAUAAUAAUAAUGAUUUGCAAUAGUAAAUAGAAUAGAUUCAAGUGUAAAACAUCCAAAACAUUGAUACUAAAAAGGAAUGCUUUAAAAUCAAUAUUCUAGAAUAGAAAGUAGUCAAAAAGAAUGCUCCAUUAAUUUAUAAGAUUGGAAACAAAAUCAGUUUUGAAUAAAUAGAUCAACAAUAUGCAGAUUUCUUCAAGAAGGAGAAUAAUUUGACUGUUAUUGGUUCUGUUUAAUAGAUAAGUAUCUUUCGAUCGAUCUUAACUAUGAUUGAAUAGAUUAUCAAAGAACUCAAAAAAGAACUAGGUAUCAUAGAGGGGUAGAUUAAAGUACCCAUUAUUUAUUUAAAAAGAUUAAUAAUGAAAUUGUAUUUAUUUAAUUCUAAUUCUUAAUAGCAACAGCUUAGAUAAAAAACAAGAAGUUAACAUUAUAUAUAAUAAAUCAUUGGCUCAUAGUGAAGAGAUAUUUCCUAUGGACAGAGCUACUCCAAUCAAAAUUAAGGGGUCUAAAUAGAACAUCGAAUCAACUGUCCAAGAGAUAUCAAAAAUCUUAAAAACGUUAUGUGUUUAAAGACUGUAUAUCAGCAGAAGUGAAACUAAGACUGUUUAAUAAAACAUGUAUCAUCUAAAACAACAUGCUGAGAUCCGUAUAUCGAGAGAUUCUGUUUAUAAUGCAAAAGGCGAACAAACUUAGAGAGACAUCAAUCAUCCAUUCUUUUAUAUACAAUAUAGGGAGAAGGAAGUCUGUUUAAUUGGCACUCUUCAAUAGAUUUAAGAGACUAGUAAUGCGAUUAAAAUACUAUUGGAAUAAGAGACCAAUAAUGAUAAGGAAAUGACUUACUUCACUGUUCUAAUUUCUCCCUAAUAUAAAGAAUAAUGCAAAUAGGUUAAAUAGAGAAUUGAAAAAGAUUCUUCUUCCACCAAAGUACUAUUGUUUGAAGCUUCACAUCCUAGAAAGAAUAUGACUAUAUUGAUAUUAUGUUUAAGAAAUCAGAUCAAGUAAACUAAGCAAAUGUUUUUUGAAAUGAUUUAAGAGGAUUGUCAAUUAAAAUUGGAAUAGUUUUAAGAUUAAAUGUCAAUGUAGAUGUGCAGAUACGUUUUUAAAUAUCUCUAAAAUACUAUGAUGACUAAUGAUAUGGCAUUUAUGAAGAAUUGGGAUCUAAUAACUCCAUAUUUUUAUCAAUUUAAUAUUUUGAAGUACCGAGAGUAGAAGUUUGAUAAUUGGUUUGUUAAACGCUGUUAUCCAUCAUUGCUAAGAGAUUAUGAAACUUAGUUGUAUAUCUAAUACUGUUUGGGUAAGGAAAUCUAAAAGAAUUUAACGGAUUCGGAAUAAAUGUUGAGGAAAAAGAAUUUAAUCCUGUUGACAAGAAAGAUCCUAAAUGCCAUAUUGGGAUUUAAAAGACAUAUGCCAGAUUAAACAUAAUUAGAUGGGAACUAACAACAGGAUUAAUAAUUUAAGAGAUUUAAUAGUGUUUAACAAGAGGACACUCCUAAAUUAUAAAAUUUGCCCUUAAUCUAAUUGAUUACUUAACCAUCCUAAAUCAGCAAAAGAAGCGAUAGAUAGAAGAACAGCAGUGAUAACAGCUCCUCUGAUUCCAGCAAUAACCAGCAUCAAAAGAGAUAAAGUAGUUCAGAAUCAGGGAAAAGUAGAGAUAUGUCAACAAAACAAAAGCAUAAAUCGCAUCAUCAUAGAUAUAACUAUAAUUAAAAAAGUUCGGUCGAUAGGUAUGAUAAAUAUAAAUACGAAAAAUCGCACUAUUAUGAUAAAUCAAAAUCGAAAUAAAAAUACUAGAGUUAUAAAUAUGAGAGACCUCGAACUAGUAGGAGAUAUUAUGAUGACGAUGACCACUCUAAAAAUAGGGGGUACAAUAAGAGAAGUAAUUGUCUUAUGUAAUGUAAGGAUCCAGCAGUGAAGGCUCAUAAAAGUCUUAAGAUUACAGAAGAAAAAGAUAGGAAUCUGUAGACUCUGAUAAAUAUAAAAAUAAUAAGUAUUAUAGUGGAUUUUAAUUUGAAAGAAGACAUUCCAAGAGUUACAAAUAUGAUUAUGAAAGUAGUUUUAAAUUUUUAUAUAUUAGAAUCUACUAAAAUACAAGAAAGCAAAGAAAGAUCUCGAUCAAGACAACGAAACAAAUCAGAUAGUAGCGAUGGCUAUAGAAGAAGAUCCAAAUCAACUCACAAAUCCAAGAAAUACUAUAGGAAGUAUUAGUGA